GAGAGGUACAGAGAGGGAGAGAGAGAGAGAGUUGAUGGAAAAAGCGGAACUUAUUCAGUCUUUCUCUUUGUCCCAUGAGUUCAGUGUGUAUCUGCCGAGACGUAACCGGCAGCGGCAGCUUUGAACUCCGUAACCGCUAAAUAGUUUACUAACCAGGAGCCUGAAUCCGUAGAAAAAGAAGAAGAAGAAGAAGAAGAAGAAGAAGAAGAAGAAGAAGAAGAAGAAGAAGAAAAAGAAGAAGAAGAAGAUGAUUAAGAAUUUUACUUUUCUGACUUACUUUUAAGAAGUUCCAGUCGCUCAUAUUGCUUCUCUCCUGCGGAGCCAGUGAACGAUUUCAAAACUGUCUGCAAGAAAAGGGGACAGACAGAGAAGCACGUUUUAGGUCAGUGCAGCAUUAUGGGUCUUCCCAGACAGCCCUGCCUUCUGUGUUGCCAAAUGAUGGUAUCAAGAGGUCAGGAUCUCCUUUGGUUGUGUGGGAAUUCCUUAUUACCGGCAAUUCCACACUGAGCAGUCAUAUUUUUUUUGCAGUGAGUUAGACAUGAACAAAAGCAUGGAUUCAAACGAAUCAUGUAACAACACCACCUGCAAUGACACUCUCAUCGUGAAUGGUGAUGGCAAGCCAGUAACAAGCAUCAUCAUGUUUUUGGCUGCCGUGGUGGGAAACCUUCUGGCUCUCUUCAUCCUCGGCGUGCACCAGAAGGAGCAUCGCUCCAGGUCUUCUGUCUUCUGCAUCCUGGUGACCGGCCUGGCCCUCACCGACCUGCUGGGCACCUGCCUCCUCAGCCCACCUGUGUUCAUCUGCUACGCCCGCAACAUGUCCCUGAUCAGUAUGGGAGGCGCAGGCCUGUGCAAGAUCUUUGCUUUCGCCAUGAGUUUCUUCGGCCUGGCCCCCACGCUCAUCCUGUGCGCCAUGGCUGUGGAGCGCUGCCUGGCCAUCAGCCACCCUUACUUUUACUCUGUACACAUCCGGCGCAGCUUUGCCAAAUUCACUCUCUUCUUUAUUUAUGUCUUUUCUUUGGCCUUCUGUCUCCUGCCAUACAGUGGCUACGGCAAAUUCAGACAGUACUGUCCUGGGACGUGGUGCUUUAUCGAUAUGGAUGCGACAGGGGAUGACCAGGCCAGCUUGGUGCUGGCCUUCUCUCUGUCUUACUCGUCCCUCAUGGCACUGCUGAUCUUCGCAGUGUUUGUGUGCAACGGUUCAGUGAUCGUCAGCCUGUGCCAGAUGCACCGGAGCCAGAUGAUGCGGCGCAGCUCGGUCGGGUCGUCGGGGAGAAGAAGGAAGCUGAGCCUGGCCUGGUUCGCACAGGGGGAAGAGGAGGUGGACCACCUGGUGCUGCUGGCGCUCAUCACCGUCAUCUUUGUGGUCUGCUCCCUACCACUCACUAUUGCAGGCUUUAUCAACGCCAUUCACCCAUUUUGUGGCGACGCGGAGAACCUGACAGCCUUCCGCUUCUACGCCCUCAACCCCAUCGUGGAUCCCUGGGUCUUCAUCAUCUGCCGCAAGUCUGUGUUUCAACACCUUUGCUCUCUGCUGAGCUGCCGCUUCGGCAGAACAGCUGUGAAGACGACAGCACACUGUGCUCUGUCUUUACCCCUUGACGCUCACACUCAGCACAACUCCCAAGACGGGACAGUUCCACAGACCAACAUGUUCUCCAGUUUACCUCUGUGACCCGAAAGAAGCCCUCGGGCAGUGCGGGGUGGCUGGAGGCUCGGAGGCCUUGAUGCCUGAUAAAACAUUGGAGCAAAUUUGUGAAAUGAAACGUUAACAUUUGCAUACAGGACUCGCAAUUUUAAGGCACAAAGACUUUGACAAAGAAGUAUCCGUCACAAUGGAAAUCUUUCCCCAUGAACAAAACUAUUGCACUGGGUUUUAAACUUCCAUUGACUAAUGAAAACUUCCCAAGUUUCAUGGAGAGUUGUGCCAUGAACAAACAGCACUGUAACUUAGCACUAAGAAACACAUGAAACCAUAUCAUGCCUAUGAAAAAUCUAAAUAUAUGCACUCGGGUAAAAGAUAUAUGGGUAAACAAUAUGCAUGAAUGUAUACUGUCUUCUUUUUUCUCUCAGCCUUUUCUUUAAGACUACUAGGUUGUCCACAUCUACUGAUCCAUGACAUGAGAUGCAGAUCACACUCAACAUGAAGAUGACGAUUUAUUUACAAUUAUAGUAUUAUGUAGUCAGUGACAGGUGAGUGUGAUGUCACUUGGUUUCCCAGACAAGGUGAAGUAUAAAUAGAAACCAUUAGCAGGCUAACAGUAGCCUUAAUCUAGAGUAGUGUAACUAGAGACCCUUCCCUAUCUCUACCCCCACUACUUCGAACUCGGCCUUCAUUUUGAUCUCAACUAGACACCUGUAAAGUUUUGUGACUGCAUCUUGCACAGCAGCAUGCCAACAUGCUGAUGUUUAGCAGGUACAAUGUUCCCCAUCUUAGUUUAGCAUGUUUCCUUGCUAACAUUUGCUAAUCAGCACUAGACACAAAGUACAGCGGAGACUGAUGUCAUCAGUUUUGCAGAUAUUUUGUCAUAAAACAAAGUGCUGAACAAACGUUUUCACCCGAUGAUGGCACUAAAUGAAAACUGCCAAAUUCACCAAAGUUAUCAUAAUUCAUCAUCCUAGCACCAUAGAGAACUGUGCCAAAUAUAUGGCAAUCCAAGCAUGUCAACCUCAAGGUGGCAUUCAACAAAAAGUCAGGGGAUCACCAAGAGUCAUCAGGCUUCAUCUUCUCAGGAAACAUGAAUGUCUGUACAAGGUUUUAUGGCCAUCCAUCUAAUAGUUGUUGAGAUAAUUUAGUUUGCACCAAAGUGGUGGGCCAACAGACAUCUCCAGAGCGAUGCCGCUAGCGUGGCUAAAAAGUGGUUUUCUAAAAGACAAAUCUUGAAUUUGGAUAAAUGACUUAUUUACUAUAGAGUACAAGUCUGGCUUCCAGCUGUGUUGCAUUUACAUCAUACCUGUGAAAAUGGUCUUGGAAAUGUGUACUUGUCUCGACUCAUAGUGCAGCACUGUUCAACCUGCACUGACUGUAAACUAUGAAACGUGAAUAUGAACAUUAUAUGGGAAUAUAUGCAUUAAUAGAUUAGAAUCACAUCUUGUCAGUUGCUGUGGUCAGUUCGAAAAGGAACAACCUGUUGUAAAAAAUUAUCCAAAGCACUGUCGCGAUCCUAAAAUGCAAUGAAUUACAAGUACAAAUAGAUUGUUUAUAGUUUGUUUUAGGCUGAAGUUGAUCUGAAGGUAAACCUGCCUUUUAGCAAGUUAUUAAUCCAAGAUGUAGGACUAUUCCAGAGCUGAGAUGAUCAGGUUUAAAAGACUAUUUUAAUCUCAAGCGAAUAUUUUCUAUUCCUGUCCAGCUGAUAAUGUUAUUGUAUUGCAUGCACAUUGGCUUCCACCCUUCCUUCUACUUCUCACUGAUUUCUAAACUACCUAUGAUGAUUGCCUGUGAAUGUUAAAACUCUGCUGCUGCAAAAUGCACUGUGAGAAUUAGUUUUAUGUUGUUGUUGUUGUUGUUGUUGUUGUUGUUGUUGUUGUGACUUUAAUACCGUUACUGCAUUUAAAUGUAGUGUAUUUAUGCCUUUUCACUGUGCUAUAAUCUUGUGCAUCCUUACAAUUGUGCUGGUUUGGUUUAUGCAAUGGACUGCAGAGAUACAGGGAUAACAGACGUGGGGAUUUGAGUUCAGUUUUUUAUAUAUAUAUAUAUAUAUAUAUAUAUAUAUAUAUAUAUAUAUAUUUUAUUUAUUUAUUUUUUUUGGCUGUGUUGCUUUUUGCUUUAUAGUUUUUACUCAGUCUUGCAUGACCCGAGGUAAGUCAGACACAAUACCACUUGCACAUUUGGUCUUUGAGGGUAUUUAAAUUGAAAGAAUACAUGUUUAGAUAAUAAAGUUGUAUUCAUUAUAUGGUACACAUUUUGUUCAUGUGAAAUAAAAUAUGAAUGUAAGAAA